CAACGAUCGAUUUAAAACCCCUGUGCAUGGCAGAGACUGCAUCUGUGACUUUCUGCAAGAGGAGCAGGGUCAGCUCUUAGCUGAGCUUUCCAGGCUUGGAUAAGAAAUGGAUAAGGAUGAGAUUGACCUGCAGAGAAUCCCCUCAGAGGCACCUUGGGGGCCACGCACUAACAGUGCAUUUCAUGGGGUGGAAUUUCUGCCAGAAGAUCUUGGUGAGGGUCUGAAUAAAACUGCAAUGAGAGUGAAUGAGAAAUAUUCCUCUCUACCUGCUGAGGAGAAGGGGAUUCACAUUAUCAACAUCCGAGCUAUUGAAGACAUCGGAUACAUCCAGCGUGAAAGUACAUUAUUAAAUUCGCUGUGUCAGGAUCCAGAUGCCAACUGCAAACAUGGACUCUAUUUUAGAGAUGGCAAGAGGAAAGUGGACUACAUCUUGGUUUACCAUUACAAGAAAUCCUCAGUCAGUAAGACGCUCACUAGACGAAUUUAUCACAAUGACUCAAGUGCCCGAAGCAUCAAACAGGAUCAUCAGCUUCCUGGGAAGGGCGGGCACCUUGACGUGGGAGAGAGUGAGACUCACAUGGACUAUCAUGAAGAUGAUAAGAGAUUCCGCAGAGAGGAGUAUGAAGGCAAUCUCAUGGAGGCUGGUCUGGAAUUGGAAAGAGAUGAAGAUACUAAAAUACAUGGGGUUGGAUUUGUAAAAAUACAUGCACCUUGGAAUGUUUUGUGCCGGGAGGCAGAAUUUCUGAAACUCAAGAUGCCCACAAAAAAGGUGUAUCAGAUAAAUCAAGCCCAUGGUCUUUUGAAAAAAAUUAAUUCUGUAAUUCAAAAAAUAACAGAACCUAUCCAGCCAAAAGUAGCAGAACACAAACCAGAGACAGUGAAACGCCUCUCUUAUCCCUUCUCCCGGGAGAAACAACACUUAUUUGAUUUGUCUGACAAAGAGUCCUUUUUUGACAGCAAAACUAGAAGCACGAUAGUUUAUGAAAUACUGAAAAGAACAACAUGUACCAAAGCCAAGUAUAGCAUGGGAAUCACCAGUCUGCUUGCCAAUGGAGUUUACAGUGCUGCAUAUCCUUUGCAUGAUGGUGACUACGAAGGUGAAAAUGUUGAGCUCAAUGACAGAAAACUCCUGUGUGAGGAAUGGGCAAGCUAUGGAGUCUUUUAUAAAUACCAGCCAAUUGACCUGGUGAGAAAAUACUUUGGAGAGAAGAUUGGACUGUAUUUUGCCUGGCUGGGAGUUUAUACUCAAAUGCUCAUUCCUGCUUCCAUUGUAGGGGUUAUUGUGUUUCUGUAUGGCUGUGCAACCGUGGAUGAGAAUAUACCAAGUAUGGAGAUGUGUGAUGAGAGAAACAAUAUCACCAUGUGUCCUCUAUGUGACAAUACAUGCAGUUACUGGAAAAUGAGCUCUUCCUGUGCCACUGCUAGAGCGAGUCACCUGUUUGACAACCCAGCAACUGUCUUCUUCUCUGUCUUUAUGGCUCUGUGGGCUGCCACUUUUAUGGAACACUGGAAGAGAAAACAGAUGCGUCUCAACUAUAGAUGGGAUUUGACUGGGUUUGAAGAAGAAGAGGAAGCAGUCAAGGCUCAUCCCAGAGCAGAAUAUGAAGCUAAAGUAUUAGAAAAAUCACUGAGAAAAGAAUACAUACAUAAAAAGAAGCGUCGACAUUUGCCAGAAGAGACAGGAAACAAAUGGAGACAGAGAGUUAAGAGAGUCAUGGCUGGGGUGAAAUUGACUGAUAAAGAGAAACUAACAUGGAAAGAUCGUUUUCCAGCAUAUUUUACCAAUUUUGUUGGCAUUAUCUUCAUGAUUGGACUGACAUUUGCUAUCGUGUUUGGAGUCAUUAUAUACAGAAUCUCCACUGCAGCAGCCUUAGCCCUCAGCUCAACUCCCUCUGGCCGGUCUAGUGUUAGAGUAACUGUCACUGCAACUGCAGUUAUUAUUAAUCUGGUGGUGAUCAUCAUUCUGGAUGAAGUAUAUGGCUGCAUAGCCAGGUGGCUAACUCAGAUUGAGGUCCCAAAAACAGACAAGAGUUUUGAAGAGCGGCUGAUCUUCAAGGCGUUCCUUCUGAAAUUUGUCAAUGCCUACACUCCCAUUUUCUAUGUUGCUUUCUUCAAAGGCCGAUUUGUUGGACGUCCCGGAGACUAUGUCUACAUUUUUCAUUCUUUCCGAAUGGAAGAGUGUGCCCCUGGCGGUUGCUUAAUGGAAUUGUGUAUCCAGCUUAGUAUUAUCAUGUUGGGCAAACAGCUGAUUCAGAAUAAUCUCUUUGAGAUUGGUAUCCCAAAAAUGAAGAAAUUAAUAAGAUAUAUCAAAUUAAAGCGACAACGCUCUUUAGAUCAUGAGGAGCAUAUGAAAAAAAAACAACGCUAUGAAGUGGACUAUAACUUGGAGCCUUUUGCUGGGCUUACUCCAGAAUACAUGGAAAUGAUUAUCCAGUUUGGAUUUGUAACCUUGUUUGUUGCAUCCUUCCCACUGGCUCCUUUGUUUGCGUUAUUGAACAACAUCAUUGAAAUACGUCUAGAUGCAAAGAAAUUUGUCACUGAGCUUAGAAGACCAGUUGCAGUCAGAGCAAAAGAUAUAGGAAUCUGGUAUAAUAUCCUCAGAGGUGUAGGAAAACUUGCUGUAAUAAUAAAUGCAUUUGUGAUCUCAUUCACAUCUGACUUCAUUCCACGCCUCGUGUACCUGUAUAUGUACAGUGAGAAUGGCACCAUGCAUGGCUUCGUGAACCAUACACUAUCCUCUUUUAAUGUCAGCGAUUUUCAAGGAGGAACAGCUCCAAAUGACCCAAUGGAACUUGGCUACGAGGUUCAGAUAUGCAGAUACAAAGAUUACCGAGAACCCCCGUGGUCUGAAAACAAAUAUGAAAUUUCAAAGGACUUCUGGGCUGUCCUAGCAGCAAGAUUAGCAUUUGUGAUAGUUUUUCAGAACUUGGUCAUGUUUAUGAGUGACUUUGUGGACUGGAUUAUCCCAGACAUUCCCAAGGAUAUUAGUCAGCAGAUUCAUAAAGAGAAAGUUCUCAUGGUGGAGGUGUUCAUGAAAGAAGAACAGGGAAAGCUGCAAAUGCUAGAAACCUGGAAAGACAAGGACAUGAAAAAAGGUGAAAACUGUAACAACCACAGCCCCAAGCUCUCAAGGAGCCAAAGCGGGAGCAUGUCCUCCUGCCAUUCAUAUCACAUUGAUGUAUAGAAGAGGAAGGUAGUUUUGAUUUGUUGAGGCAUUCCAUUGAGAAACAAGCCAUCACUUAAAGGGCAAGACUUGAUUUAUAUACACCCAGGUGAAUGUUUAAGUAUGUGCAACCAUUUUGCUCCCAUCUUUGUGAGAAGUGCACUUCUUAUAAAUAUGGAAGGCCACAUUCUAUUUUGGAUAGGAAUUUUUUUUUUAAAGUAACGCAGGGAAUUUUUAUAUUUCAUAGUUAGAUAACACUGUGGAUGUUAGUAUGUUUUAACAAAAUGCUGGUACUUAAAAAUGUUCUCUGAGAAUCUGACUUUAGCUUAUUAAUUAAGAAAUAACCAAAGUAAAUUUCAAAUAAGAAUUUUAAAUCUUUUUGACAGUCCAUUCCUGAAAGGCUUCAGGCAGAUCUACAAAACAUAAGCAAAGUUAAUUUUACAAUGUGCUCUAGCAUUUCAUUUAACAGGAGAAAGGAAACAAUAUAAACCUUAUAUGGCAUCUUCAGUUUCAAAAGAUGCAGCUCAGCUCCCCUGGCAGACAUAAUCUGGAUUUGAACUUGCAGAUCCUAGGCAAACAAAACUCCCAUUGUAGUCACUAGGCUAUAUACACUGAAGCUGGUGCAGGGUAAAUUACCCAUUGGGAGAUUAACCUUAUCGACAGGGAUGUGGGCGGGGAGAGAAUAGCUUUUUUUUUUUUUUUUUUAAAGCAGGGACUCUAUAGGGACCCUGCUAGCAGUCUACUGUGCACUAGAGUCUUCCAUUUGGCACUUCCCCACUCAGAAAAAUGAGAAGAUGAAGUCAACGCAGAGCAUGUUAACCUUUAUCCCAACUCUGCGCACCACUGACACCUCUUCACUGACCCAAAAAGCUCGUCAGGUGAAUGAUUCAUGUUGAUGCAGGUGCUCCAGUGCCCUGGACAGUAUUGUGGUCUUGUUAUAUUCUAUUAUGGGUUCUGAAGCAGUAGCAGCACAGCAGCAGCACAAUUUCAUAGGAUUUCUCAGCAGCCAGAACAAUGUGGAGCAUUUUCAAAAGUGUCCUGAAUUAAUGAGCACAUGUAUAGCUACAGUAAUUUACACUGCCCCACCUAAUAUCUAGGCACCAUUGUUGCUGAAAGAAUACACCGAAUCCAUCUUUCCCCAUCAGCUCCUUUUCUACAGCUCACUCUCCUUUGCAAUGAAGAGGAGGUCACACCAUCACAGCCACUUUGCUUGGCUACAGUCUACCCAACGUGGCAGACUUUCUGAUCCUAAUAACAUCUACUAUGCCAGGAAGAGUAAGGGUAGAUUGUCACGGAGUGUGGGGAGUCCAGUCCUGUACCCCUCUUUCUGGGACCCACAGUGACACUCAGCCAGCCAG